CCCAAAAACAUUCUUCUCUAGAAAUCGACAUUCUUCAUCUUUCCUUACUCCAAACGAUGAAGAACGGAAAAGAAGAAAGCCCAGCACCCUCAAGUGCCAAGAUCUUCAACACCCCAACACCCCUCUUUAAUCUAAUGUCCUAUUUUCUUUUCUUUGGCUUGGGUUUAGCCAUUGGACUAAUCAUUAGUUUCUCCCUCAACAUACAACUCAAACAAUUCUUUGUCCCGACUCCUGAUCAAACUACAUCACCUCUUCCAAUUCCCACAGCAAAUGAAACCAAGAAAAUUAACCGAAUUGGGUUGAAAGAGUACUUGAAGCCUCCUAAGGUUGCACACGAUAUGGCAGAUGAGGAGUUGCUAUGGAGAGCUUCAAUGGUGCCUCGGCUUGGAGGGUUCCCUUUCAAGCGUGUCCCCAAGGUUGCAUUCUUGUUUUUGACGAGAGGGCCAUUGCCGUUGGCUCCAUUUUGGGAGUUGUUCUUUAAAGGGCAUGAAGGGCGCUAUUCCAUUUACGUGCAUUCUCAUCCAUCCUUCAAUGCAACUCUAGUCCCACAAAGCUCUGUGUUCCAUGGCCGGAGAAUCCCCAGUAAGGAGGUACAAUGGGGAAAGUUCAACAUGGUGGAAGCCGAGCGCCGCCUAUUGGCCAAUGCACUCCUCGACAUCUCAAACCAACGUUUCGUUCUCCUCUCUGAGUCAUGCAUUCCUCUGUACAACUUCUCCACCAUCUAUUCUUACCUAAUGGGCUCCAAAAAAUCCUUCGUGGAGUCCUAUGACUUACCAGGACCCGUGGGUCGUGGCCGAUACAACCCACGAAUGAAGCCGCUCAUCAAAAUGGAGCAAUGGCGAAAAGGGUCUCAAUGGUUCGAGAUGGACCGUGGCCUAGCCAUCCAGGUUAUAUCUGACCGGAAAUAUUUUCCGGUGUUCCAAAAAUUCUGCACGCCUCCAUGUUACGCAGACGAGCACUACUUGCCCACACUGGUGAGUGUGAAAUUCUGGAGGAGGAACUCAAACAGGAGCCUGACAUGGGUUGAUUGGUCCCAUGGUGGUGCCCACCCAGCUAGGUUUUGGAGAGUAGCUGUGACCGUUGAUUUCUUAAAAAAGCUGAGGAAUGGGAGCCAUUGCCAUUACAAUGGAAAAAGUAGUAACACCUGCUUCUUGUUCGCAAGGAAGUUCUUACCUAACGCUUUAGAUAGGCUGCUGAGGUUCGGCCCUAAGCUCAUGAAAUUCAAUUGACCCAUGUCACGCCUCCUUCUCUUCUUCCUUUCCCUUUUCUUAGAUUUGAUUUUUGGAUCAGUUUAACAAAUAGAGGAAAUAGAUUGG